AUGCGACCACUUACCUUCUUCACUUUCCUGCUACAUCUCCUCCUCUUCGUUUCCGCCUCUACGGUUACAAAUGAGCCCUUCACCUCUCCCACCGACACAGACGCCAGCACCGCCGACCUCGCCGGUGGUGUCUACGCCUGCGAAGGCGAUAAUUUCACGGGCGACUGCUUCUAUAACCCUCCCGAACGAAUGCGCGCAUGUGCACUUCUUCUCAUCGGAAGGCCUGACAGUGGAGUCGGAUACCACCCUCGUUCCAUCGGCCCAGACCGUGGAGGACAUUGCGACGUAUUCAAGGGGAGGAUCUGCAACGACCACACCUUCGUCAGGCGAAUUGACUAUCCUGGUGUGAAAAGCUACGCCGAGCUCAAUCCAAAUGCCUGGGAGGCAAUCCGAUGCUACGCUGUCGCGGCUCAAGCCUCUGCACACGAGGAGAUAGCGGUGGAGCUCAUAGGUCGAUCCGAAAUCCCUCCCAAACCAGCUGUCUAUCCGAGUACCGACGAUGAAGCCGCAUCCUCCAUCGGACCUGCCGUACCCGCCGGCGACUCCCAGACCGGCGGCCUCCACUAUUAG